AUGUGGCGAGACCGAACGAAUCUAUACAUCUCCUACCGGCAAUCAUUCACGCACCACCCGGCCAAGAAGCCACGGUAUAUCGGCUCGACCAAUGGCUUCUCUGACACGCCGUCGCACGCGGAGGAAAGCAGGAGGCUGAUCGGGGAUACGGCGGGAUUCGAUGACGAUGGCGACGCCGUGAUUGAAAUGGACGUGCUGCCCCCGCGCUGGGUGGACAUACAGGACGAGGUGACGGAGUUGCUGGCGGACAUUGCGCAGAAGUCGGCACACCUCGACAAGCUGCAUCAGAAACACCUUCUGCCGGGAUUCGGAGAAGAGGAGGCGCGCAGGCAGGAAGAGGCGGUCAUCGAGCGGUUCACGCAGGAGAUCACGCGAGCUUUCCACGACUGCCAGAAAGCUGUGCAGAAGAUUGAGACGAUGGUGCGCGAGGCGAAACAACAGGGUAGUGUCAGUAAUGGGGACGAGACCAUGGCGAAGAACAUCCAGAUCUCCCUGGCGUCGAGGGUGCAGGAUGCGAGUGCGCGGUUUAGGAAGAAGCAGAGUACCUAUCUUAAGAAACUACGAGGAUUGGAAGCUGGCCCUUCGCCAUUCGAUCGCGCGCCUACACCGCAGAACCCUUACACAGAUCCCUCGUUGAUGGAAUCCGACGCGGACAAAUCCUUCUCGCAAUCGACUCUCAUGCAAACAUCGCAACGAAUGACCGGCGAGAACGACGCUGCGAUCAUGCAGCGGGAACGAGAAAUCAACGACAUCGCCAAAGGCAUCAUCGAACUCUCAGACAUCUUCCGCGAACUGCAAGCAAUGGUCAUCGAUCAGGGGACCAUGCUGGACCGAAUAGACUACAACGUGGAAAAGAUGGGCACGGAAGUCAAGGCCGCCGAUAAGGAGCUUAAAGUGGCCGGCAAUUACCAACGACGCACCAUCAAACGCAAAAUUCUACUCUUACUGGUCAUUCUCGUCGCCGGCAUGUUCAUCCUCCUGCUCGUGAAGCCCAAGAACAACAACUCGUCCCCUCCAGAGCCCGCGCCCGCUCCUCCGUCUUCGCCGCCGCCUCCAUCAAACGAGCAAGCGCCCGAUGCUGUGCCCCGAAAUUUCGAACUUGUUUAUCGCCGAAAGAGGCGCCCGGCAUUGGACCGCUCCGUGCGGAGAAAAUGGGAAGAUCCAGGCAUAUAUCGAUAA